ACAAAUCAAGCAGUCUUAGUUUUCAAUUUCUCCUAAAAUCUCAAUUGGAUUUCACUGUUACUGAGAAAAAGGAAGUUUGAUUUUUAACCAUUUUCAUCCAACUCACCAAUGGCGGAAGCGUACUUCUCCUUGUUCUCACUCCUCCUCUCCAUUCCACUCUUCAUCCUCCUCAUCCUCUUCCUCAUCGUCCGCCCCAAGCCCGUCCGCGUCCCAAUCAAGAACCGCCACGUCUUCAUCACCGGCGGCUCCAGUGGCAUCGGCCUCGCCCUCGCGCGCCUCUGCGCCCAGCGCGGCGCCCACGUCACCAUCCUCGCGCGCAACGCCGCCCGCCUCGAGGAGGCGCAGCACUCCAUCAGGCUCGCCACCGGCCGCGAUGUCAGGGCCUUCAGCGCCGACGUCAGGGACUACGGCGCCGUCAAGCGCGCCGUGGAGGAGGCCGGCCCGAUCGACGUGCUCGUGUGCAAUCACGGGGUGUACGUGCCGCAGGAGCUGGAGGAGCAGGAUGUGGAGGAGAUUAAGUUCAUGAUCGAUGUGAAUCUCACGGGGACUUUUCAUUUGAUCAAGGCCGCUUUGCCCGGGAUGAAGAGCAAUCGGGCCGAGAAAGGGCCCGGUUCUAUUGCGAUUAUGUCGUCGCAGGCGGGCCAGGUUGGAAUUUAUGGCUACACAGCUUAUUCGGCGAGUAAGUUUGGCCUCAAGGGUUUGGCUGAAGCGCUGCAACACGAGGUUAUAGCAGACGACAUUCAUCUCAGCCUCAUUUUCCCUCCGGACACUGAAACUCCUGGUUUUGCAGAAGAGAACAAGAGACGCCCACAGCUGACUAGCAUAAUAGCAGCUUCCUCUGGCGCAAUGAAAGCUGAGGAAGUUGCUCUAAAAUCUCUGAAAGGAAUCCAGUCAGGCACGUUUAUGGUCCCCUGCAACUUGGAAGGAAAAUUACUUACUGUUGCCACGGCUGGUUUAUCCCCUCAGAGAUCGUAUGUGGAUGCAUUUGUGGAGGUAAUGACUGCUGGUAUUAUGCGUUUGGCCGGCUUAGUUUUUCAGUGGAAUUGGUUCAGCAGCAUCGCAAAAUGGCAUGCAAAGAAGUAGUUGGUUCCAUGGAUCUCUGAGUUUUAUACUCCGUGCCCACAAAGGGGUACCUUGGCAGCGAAAGACUCAAGUUUUGAGUUCUUGAUAGUCAUGCGUCUUGUUUGAGUGUUUUCGCUUGCUGCAGUCGUCUCACUGCGCCUCCGUUCAUCAUGCGGGGAAGAAGCUAAAACUCGAACAACUGCAUGCUCCCGGUGUUUGUAUCACUUAAAAUCUUUCUAACUUGUUAUGGUAGGAUGAAAUGAUUGUAUUGGCCAAAAUUGACCAUGAUAUUUUCUGUGAUUUUUCUGGAUUUCUGUCUAAUGGUUGUGCUUCAUAGUAGCUUUUAAUAUCCCAGAAUUCAGUAUCUUGCCAAAAUCUGAUUACAUUCUCCUAA